UGGCCUACAAAUAAUAAACAAAUGAUUUAUCAGAGUGAUCAAGGAUCUAAUUCGUUAUCGCGAGUUAAAAUUUCUAAAAUUUGAUUAUACAAAAGUAUGAAUAAGUGUCAGCAACCACGUAACUUUCUAUUUUUGCGAGUUGUCGCAUGAUUUUUUAAAUAAUAUCAACAAUGAAAGCAAAAGUGGACUUAAAAAUUUGUGGUGUUUGUGGAGACAAAGCUCUCGGAUAUAACUUUAAUGCCGUAACGUGCGAGAGUUGCAAGGCUUUUUUCAGAAGAAAUGCCCUCAUCACAAAAGAAUUCAAAUGCCCCUUUUCUAACCAGUGUAAAAUCACUACUGUUACUCGAAGAUUUUGUCAGAAAUGCAGGCUAGAUAAAUGUCUCUCAAUAGGAAUGUGUAAGGAUUUAAUCAUGUCCGAACAAGAUAAGGUUUUGAAACGGCAAAAAAUUGAAGAAAACAGGGCCAAAAAGAGAGGUAUUGGUGGUUCAAAAGAUAAUUACAAGAGGGUGAAAAAGGAAACAGCUGAGGCUGACUCACAAGAGAGUGAAUUGUUUAGUAGUUCCUAUAACACAGAUUCGGAUUCGAAAGAUACUAUUUUCUCCGAAGGAUAUCUACCUAAUAAUCCUAAUAUAGUUAGCGUAAUAAACUAUCCUGAAACAAGUCGAACUAGAAAUGAUGAUAGUUUAACAGCCAGUAAUGAAAGAUUGGUUUCAUCCAGUGAUGAUUUGUCUUCUUUUGACAGUGUUUUGAGUAACAAACAAGAUCACAAUGGCAGUAGCAAUUUAGAGUCCCGAAUAGAUAAUACAACCUUGAGUAGUUUAGUGAAUAACAAUAGUGUAGCUUACAACAAUAAUACAACAGAUAGCUUUAAUUCCCAACCAUCAGAAAAUAGAAGUACUUUAGAUGUUACGAAGGAUGUUCUUAGAGAUAUACAGAGUUUAAAUCCAUCUCAGUCAUCCUCAAAUCCUAUAGAAUCCAUAUUAUCUGAAGCAAUAAAAUUAGAAUACGAAGCGUACUCGUCAAUAGCCCAGUCCAAUUCUCAUUCAAAGGAGUUGAAUGAUGCAGAGAGAGCAAAGUUGAAUGAAUUGAUAGUGGCCAAUAAAGCACUGCUUACACCUGUAGAUGAUGAACUAAUGGAUUUCAAAAGUACAAUUAAGAUGCAGAUGCAAGGGAAUCAGCAGUCUGAUACUGAUCCUAAAUUACUAGAUGUGAUAAAUCUGACAGCGAUAGGUAUAAGGAGGCUUAUCAAAAUGGCAAAAAAGAUAAAUGCUUUCAAGAAUAUGUGCCAGGAAGAUCAAGUGGCUCUUCUGAAAGGAGGUUGUACUGAAAUCAUGAUGAUUAUUAGCGCGAUGAAGUAUGAUCCGACGAAAAAUAUUUGGAAGAUACCAUCGAUACAAGAAACCUUAAACGUUAACGUGAACGUUUUAAAGCUGGCCAAAGGGAACGCCUACCAGGAACUGGAAAGGUUUAUCAGGACCUUCGACCCGAAAUGGCGAGCCGACGAAAAUAUAAUCCUUAUUUUAUGUGCCAUCGUUCUUUUUACACCCGAUAGGCCUAGAGUAAUUCAUCAGGAUGUCAUAAAACUCGAACAGAAUUCCUACUACUAUCUAUUAAGGCGUUAUUUGGAGAGUAUUUACGUGGGAUGCGAGGCAAAAUCAACUUUCCUCAAACUAAUCCAGAAGAUCAUGGAACUGCAUAAAGUUAAUGAAGAACUCAUCAACGUCUUAUUAGAUGUAAACCCAUCACAAGUUGAACCAUUACUAAUAGAGAUAUUCGAUUUAAAAUAGCAUUUAUUUAAUUUAUUAUAGGUAAUUUGAAAAAACCCUAAUUUUUAGGUAUUAUUUUAUCUGUAUAAAUAUUGUAUAUAGUUCCCAACCUUUAUGCUCAGGUAUUUUCAGUUUAUCUUAAAGUAUAUUAAAGGUAUUUUGAUAGUUUUUAAGAUUAAAUAGUUGACUUUAUUGUUUUUACUAAAGAAAAUUUACAAAAUUAUAUCUUAUAACUCUCUUGCUCAUUAAAAAAACCUUAUAAGCUUAGAUAGGAUCAAUUUGUGAUACAAAUGACUGUUAAAUCCCCUAGGCAAUAAUGUACAAAAUCAGUUGUAACUAUUUUAGUUAAAUAAAAAAAAUAAACACUAAU